AUGUCGGAAGCGCUACAGAAACUCAUAUUGGAUACUCUGGAAUCGCAGUCGUCUAUCAAGGACACGCGAUCUCUCACUAUACCUGGUCAAUCGACCCCGGCGACGUCAAGUGAGGAUCAAAUUGUUAUCCUAGGAGCUCUCAAUUCACUUCUGAGUCGUGAAAUGAUUAAAUAUGAAACAAACGAAGUCUUGACUCAUGUCCCUACGCCUGAAGGAGCCUUGAUUUUGAAGGACGGCUCACACGAAGCAAGGGUUUGGAACGUUCUUCCAGUCAAAGGAUCUGGAGCACCCAUGACACCAGCUCAGCUUAAAAAAGAGAUAGGCGAAGAAACUGCAAAAGUGGGACAGGGCCGAGCCUUCAAAAACGGUUGGAUUGGAAAAGAGGGAGACGGAUUGGUGAAAAUAGUGUCUGAGAUCAAAGAUACGACCCAACUUGACCUGCAAGAAAUUGCGUCCACAGGAACGCUGAAAGCGGGUGAAAAGAUCCUGGCUGACUUGCGUAAACGUAAACUCGUCUCCCAAAAAAAGGGGCAGUGGUUCUCCGUUGAAAAGGGACCUCAAUUCAGCACAUCUACUGCAAAACCCGAGACAGACUUAACUGUUGACAUGCUAACAUCUGGAUCUUGGAAAAUAUCUACCUACAAAAAAUACAAUUUUGAGGCUGAAGGUAUCCCUACAUCGGGAGGAGCUUUGCACCCUCUCCUCAAAGUUCGAGAAGAAAUAAGAAAUAUUUUCCUGGAGAUGGGUUUUGCGGAAAUGCCGACUUCAUCAUUCGUUGAAUCCGGUUUCUGGUGCUUUGAUGCUUUGUUCGUACCCCAACAACAUCCUGCGAGAGAUCUGCAGGACACAUUCUACAUUUCUGAUCCUAAGGAAUCGCUUCCUCCCAAUCAAGAAUAUUACAAACGUGUUUCUGCUACUCAUGAAUUUGGAGGAUAUGGAUCGGCAGGGUACAGGGCCCCUUGGUCACACGAUGAGUCCAGCAAGCUGCUUCUACGAACGCACACUACUGCCUCAUCGGCUCACAUGCUCUACAAACUUGCCGCUAAAUGCAGAGGAGAGGAAACGGAAGACGACAGUGCAGAAUUCGCUCAUGGCGUUGGCUCAACAGAAGGAGGUACCGGUUCUAGCAAGACCGACGAUGGCUUCCGACCUGCCAAGUUAUUCAGUAUAGACAGGGUCUUCAGAAACGAAACCAUGGAUGCUACGCACUUGGCUGAAUUCCAUCAAGUCGAGGGUGUUGUCGCUGAUCGCAAUUUGACACUAGCUGACUUGAUUGGUUUCAUGCGGGUCUUCUUCCGCAAAAUGGGUAUAGAAAAAGUGCGCUUCAAGCCUGCAUACAAUCCAUAUACAGAGCCUUCCCUCGAAAUAUUUGCUUUUCAUCCCAUGCUAGAUAGAUGGGUAGAAGUAGGCAACAGUGGCAUGUUCCGUCCUGAAAUGCUGGAGCCUAUGGGCUUCCCUAAAGACGUAAGGGUGCAUGGGUGGGGUCUCAGUCUCGAACGGCCGACUAUGAUUCGUUAUGGCAUCAACAACAUACGAACACUUGUUGGACACAAAGUAUCAAUAGACGGUAUCGAAAACUCUCCUGCUGUGAUGUUCUAG